GUUUGCGUGUGUGAGAGAGUGUGAGGGUAUAUAAGCAGGCGACUGAAGCCAGCCAUACAUUCGUCGUGUGAUAUCAAACGAUGGGUUGGAGCAGCGUAGGUCAGCUUGACCUGCUGGGCAUCCUGUGGUUGGCCGCAACCCUUGUAGCAGACGUACACGGAGGCCACUACUACUCCACCUGCUCAACGGCAGACGACACGACUGCACGUGACUUUGUCGUCCAAGACAUCAACAAAGGUCAGGAGAUGUAUUUGGGGGAUGUGACGUCACAAAGGUUGACCAUGGUCAUCAAUGUGGCAACUUACUGAAAACACACCCACCAGUACCACCAGAUGAACGCACUACUCGGCCACCACGCCACCAAACUGACCGUCCUGGCCAUCCCAUGUGACCAGUUCGGCCACCAGGAGCCUGGGGCCAACGCCACGGAGAUUCUCAACGGCCUUCACUUUGUGCGGCCCGGGGGUGGCUUCACCCCACACCGUGACCUUCAGCUCAUGGCUAAAGCAGACGUCAACGGGGCCAAUCAAAUGCCGUUAUACACGUUUCUAAAGGAUGCCUGCCCGCCCCCCUCCGCUGGAGUCUUCAACCCACGAGAGAGCUUCUGGCAGCCAAUCAAAAUAAGUGACCUCGUUUGGAACUUUGAGAAAUUUAUUCUAUCACCAACCGGCGUGCCUCUCUUUCGAUUCAGACCGGAAGUCGAGCCAUUAGACAUUGAGGAAGUUCUGACAGCUCUGUUUGAGCCAGUCGUUGACUUGACGGCUCAGCGUCGGCGGCUCUCCCGGCUCCUGCAGGAUGUUGACCAGCGCGUGAUGGCUCGUGCAGGCUCCUCACGGUAACCCCCACCCCUCCCCCCUCCCUACACCGAAUACCAGUACUUAAGACAACACGAAAAAUGAAUUUUAUCAGACAGGUCAGAACAAAACAUUCUGUUGUUUAGAGCAAAGCUACAGUCACGUGACAUCUAUUCAUAGUAUCUGAAAUCUUGAUGACGACAUGGCGUGUAAACUCUCCACAGAAACCGCCAUGUCUGAACUGUACUCGAGAUACAUUUGACCUUUAGUGCGUUUGGUCUUUUGUGUUGCAAGUUUUGAUUGGCGGAUACUAUAAAUAGAGCUACGCUAGAUUAAACGAAUUGUAUUUUGUGUGAAUUUUUGUUUUAACUGUGAAUUUUAUUAUGUUUGGCUUAAAUAAAAAAUGAUAUAAAAUAUACAUAACAAGCUUAUACUUAUAUUAUAAGCUCGGUUUUUACAAGUCACAGUUUAAUAAAUUUUGACCCAUUCCAA